AUCUGACUUAGUUAUAGUAAAUGCGACAGGUGGCAAAAUUGCUACAGUUGAAGGAAGAGAACAUAAUUUAGAAUGUAGCGUAACCAGUGGACAACCUGGCGGCAAUAUUACUUGGUCUACGGACGACGGAGCUGUUGUUGCCAAAAAUGGACAUAGUUUUGUUACUUACAAAUUGACACCUCAAAGAUCUGACAAUGAAAAGCUAUUCAAAUGUGCAGCUUUUAACAGCGACGGCAAGAAAAUAAUGGAAUCCUCAGUCCUCCUAAAAGUUUUUUAUAUUCCAAAGAUAAGCUUCAGUCCAAAUCAAACAAUAACUGUGAAAGAAGGCGAUGAAGCGGAACUGAUUUGCAUCAAUGAUGGGAACGAUCCAAACGCAACUACUGUUUGGAGAAGACAAGGAACAAACACAAAUAUCUCCAAAAAUGGUGAAUUAAACUUGAAAAACGUUAACCGGACAGAUGCAGGCCUAUACACAUGCAGGGUUGAGACAAAAGCCGGUGUUUAUGAAGACAAUGCAAAAGUUGACGUGCAGUAUGCUCCCACUAUCGAUAUUCGAUAUUUUCCGACAAAAAGAAAAUUGAAGUGUAUUCCAAACGGUAUCCCCGAUAGAUACAUGUUAAAGGACUGGGAACAUACAACCGAAUACAACGAUCAUAUAAGGUUUUUGCCGAUAAUGAAGGAGGGGAAUAACGCAAUUUUAACUAUUCCUGAAAAUGUGACUGGAAAAGAUCAUCAUCGAGAUAAAGGGAUAUAUAUUUGUCGGGCUUCGAAUAACAUAUCAUCAGCUGAUGGGAUGUUUGUAAUGCGGAAGUAUAAUUUAAGUUUGAAUGGCACACCUUAUUUUGUCAGCUCUACUGAAAACACUCAAUAUGGAGUUUAUCUCACAACAGCAAAUAUUAAGAUAAAGUUUGUGAGUGUUCCUGAAUAUAACAGUUACGACGUCUAUAAGAAUGGAACCAAAUUCAGAAAUUACACUGAAUCCGUUUACAGAAAUAUGAAAUUAACAGAUAAUAUUUAUGGUGAAAAUGUUUCGGUGAAAGGAAGCAUCAUAUCUUUACAGAUACACAUAGACACUUUAGAUGAUUUUAGCACGUAUAAAAUAGUUGUAAAGAAUGCAAUUGGAUCUUCAACUCAUACUAUAAAACUUUUUUCUGCAAGUGCUCCAUUUAUGCCCAAAAUUCUUAAAACAUCAGCAAAACAAACUCAGAUUUUUGUUUUGUGGAAGCCCGGAUUUGAUGGUGGCUAUCUUCAAUGGUUUAUCGUUGAAUAUAAAGAAAAAGGAGACAUAUACUGGAAUAAUCAAACAGUGAAUUCAUCGAACUCGACAGUAAUUGGCGGAUUGCAACUUGCAACUAAAUACAUCAUUCGAAUGCUUGCAAGAAACAUGAUCGAUGAAAGUAAUAGAACAGAAGAAAUCAUUGUUCAAACAGAUGAAAGUGUUUCAGAAACGGACUUUUCUGCCAUCAUUAGUUUAAUAGCCGUUUUGCUGUGUUUGCUGAUAAUUGCUGCGUAUUUCAGAAGAGGGAAAAUAAAGCAAUUCAUAGACACAAGGUAG